AUGUAUAAAAUGGAAUAUUCUUACCUCAAUUCCUCUGCCUACGAGUCCUGUAUGGCUGGGAUGGACACUUCGAGCCUGGCUUCAGCUUAUGCUGACUUCAGUUCCUGCAGCCAAGCCAGUGGCUUUCAAUAUAACCCUAUAAGGACCACUUUUGGGGCCACCUCUGGCUGCCCGUCCCUCACUCCAGGAUCCUGCAGUCUCGGCUCUCUUAGGGACCACCAGAGCAGUCCAUACGCAGCAGUCCCUUACAAACUCUUCACCGACCACGGGGGCCUGAACGAGAAGCGGAAGCAGCGGCGGAUCCGCACCACGUUCACGAGCGCGCAGCUCAAGGAGCUGGAGCGCGUCUUCGCCGAGACCCACUACCCGGACAUCUACACGCGCGAGGAGCUCGCGCUCAAGAUAGACCUCACCGAGGCCAGGGUGCAGUCAAGCAGUGGUCACCUGAUGAGGUCCAGUGACGAGGCUCUCCUGCGCAUCCCUGUAGACGUGGUGCAGAAAUGGAGCAUCUUAUCCUCUUCUCCACCUGCCUCACCUUGUCCAGGAGAGCGGGCACAAGGCUGCCUCCAAGAGGAGCGAGUUGAGUCCCAGCUCCUCUAA